AUCAUAUCGGCUGAGUUCGGACAAAUCUCAGAGGAUGUCGUCCGCUUCCGGAACUCCAAUGAUCGGGAUGGCCGAAUGCCGAACCUGGCGUCUGAAGAAUCCCCCGACAGCGUUACCCUGAAAUCUCGUCUGGCUGUGAGGAUCCACCUACUGCUGGAACCGGGCGAUGCGCACUUUGAAGCCCUGCUUCACACCACACCGGAGACCACAGGUUAUCAGGUGCAAAGCCUGGAGGACAUUCGGCGUCUGGAUGAGUACGAACGUCACGCCAAGUGUCUGGACCCCCAGCGUUGGAGCAAGGCUCGCCAGUUGUGCAUUUGCAGGGGCGCCUAG